AUGAAUCCAUAAAAAACAUUAAAACCUGCAACUAAAUCCAAAGAAACUAAAAAUAAAGGAAAAGGGAUUAAGGUUGAAGAGCAUAAUAAAUUAGAUGAAGAACUUAAACCUCUUUCUUUUAUAAAUAAAUCUGUAAAUGAGCUUAAUGGAGUUAAGGGUUUAUACAUUGAGGAAGGUUUUGAGUUUAAAAAUAUAUUUACUUGGAACUCUUCACAUGUUUUUAGAAUAUAUGAAGCUGAUCAGUAUGGAGAGAGAUUAAAGGAUAAUAGCAAACCUUUCCUUUAUGCUAUUGGUAAAUUUAAUCCUUGCUGUGAUUGCCAAAGAUCAUGUGGCGCUUGCUGCUGCAAAGGAUGUAAUUAAUCAUUUGAAAUGAUAAUAACAAAAAAUUUUAGUGAUGAAGAUGAAACUUAACCUGAUGUAAUAUUCUAUGUAGAAAAGCAAAACUUGUAUUCAGGUUGGUAUAACUUUGCAUAAAUUUACAUGAACUAAAAUGGCUAAAAUGCAAAUGUUGGAUAAAUUUUUACAAAUUCUUUUGGUUAUGUAGGAUGCUAAAGCAAGUAUGUUAAUGAACUGUAAUUAAAAUAUAACAUUUGCUAAGCUGGAGUUAUGUGUGGAUGUUGUUGUUGUUAAUCAUGUAGAGAGCUAUAGUUUGCUCUUGAAGAUGUUGAUGGAAACAAGGGAGUUCUUGUUUAAGAAAGUACUGUCUGUUAAUGGGGUUUCAACAAUUUUCGUAUUGGAUUUCCUCCAAACUAUAACUCAGAUUAAAAUGCUAUGGUUUUGGCAAGUUGCAUCUUUCUUGCUUUUGAAAGUUCUAAUAAAAAAAGAAGAAAUGAAUCAGAUUCUAUAAGCUUUAAUCGCCGCCGUUAUUUUUGA